GGGCAGGAUAAGAUUUACCUGGUAACUGAUGAUGCUAGGCUGAAGCACUGAGCCAUUUGUCUCUACGUUUGUCCCCGCCUACUUCACCGAUCUGACAACUCUUAGUUUGAAACUCUGACUUAGAAGAGCUGGUAGGAACAGGUUUAGUAUCUAGGGGCUGGGUGACUCCAAAUCACUAAUUUAGUGGGGAUCAAGGAACUGGGGCAAUACUGUAUUCCAUGCAGGAUCUGGAGAUCAUCUAUCCAGGCUGGGGCUUCUGGAGCAGGUGAGGACCCAGGGCCCCUGGAAGAACUGGUCCAGGGGACUGAAUUCCCAGUGUGUUCCUAGAGCAGAGCAUGAACACACUCCUGCCAUUGCUGCUAGGCCUCAGCCUGGGCUCCACCAGAGCAGGUGGCUUUUUAGCCCAUGUGGAAAGCACCUGUCUGUUGGAUGAUGAUGGGACUCCAAAGGAUUUCACAUAUUGUGUCUCCUUCAACAAGGAUUUGCUGACCUGCUGGGAUCCCCAAACAUCCAAAAUGGUCCCUUGUGAAUUUGGGGUACUGAGUGUCUUGGCAAAUUACUUCUCAGAUUACCUCAACCAACAGGAAAGCCUACUCCAGCGCUUGUCUAAUGGGCUCCAGGACUGUGCCACACAUACCCAGUCCUUCUGGGGAUCACUGACCCACAGGACACGGCCACCAACUGUGCAGGUAGCCAAAACCACUCCUUUUAACACGAAGGAGCGUGUGAUGCUGGCCUGCUACGUGUGGGGCUUCUAUCCAGCUGAUGUGAAUAUCUCAUGGAGGAAGAAUGGGCAGCCUGUCCUCCCUCACAGAAGUGCCCCUAAGAUGGCUCAGCCCAAUGGAGACUGGACGUAUCAGACCGUCUCUCAUUUAGCCACAACUCCCUCUUUCGGGGACACCUACACCUGCGUGGUGGAUCACAUCGGGGCUCUUGAGCCCAUCUGCGAGGACUGGACACCUGGGCUGUCCCCGAUGCAGACACUGAAGGUUUCGGUGGCUGCAGUGACUCUGGGCCUGGGCCUCAUCAUUUUGUCUCUUGGUUUGCUCAGCUGGCGGAAAGCUAGCUCCUCUGGCUACAUUUUCCUCCCUGGGUCCAUUUAUCCAGAAGGUCAACACAUCUCCUAGGGGCAGGGUCCUACAACUUCCACUCCAAGGGAGGAGGGGAUUCAAACUCUUAGUGAUGCUGCUGUGUCCCCUCAACAUCCUCAGACCCUCCAAAUUUUCUUGGAUCCUGUGGUUUCUCCACCCAGAUCUUUGAACUUCCCAGCCCACCCCAUGUAAACCUUAGUGAGUUGGGGGAACUCGUUCCUGGGAGUAUUCUGUAACCAAGUUAACAUCCAAGGCUAUGUUUCUGGGGCAAAUGUAGUCUGGGGAGGAAGGUUAAAGGCCCUUGUGGGGCCCACACUGUGCCAUGGGGGCCAGUGAGUCUCUGGUGAUCAUGUCUGAGGAAUAAACUCUGGUGGAAAUAAGGUUUUUCUAUGCUUUUUCCUGAGGCCCUGGAGAGGCACCACAAGCAGAGUUAUGGAUUGGGUGAAUUCUUUCCUAUUUGAGUGGAGGAGUCAGUGCCUCCUUCUAAUUAUUCCCUUUAGACAUAACAGAAUGGGGGCAGUUUUCUAAUACAUAAUUCAUAAGAAGAAAUUAAACCGUGGUUGGAUGGAGUCACAGAAUAAGGGAGAGGCAGGGAAUUGACAGUUGACUGACCUCAUAAGGGAUCUUAGGAGGAUUGAAUGACUUCAUACUUGCAGACGGCUAAGAACAUUGCUGGCACAUGCUGAGCCCAUAGUAGUGAUGUUAGUUAUUACCUGUUACUCACCUUUCUGGCCCAAGCAUUGUAUCAAGUGCUUUACAUGCAUUAUUUCAUUUUGUCCUCAUCACAACCCCGAUGCAGAUCCUCAGAUAGGACUUGGGGCAGAGUUCAACUCCAGAUGGGAGUUCUGGGCAGUUAUUUCUUCCAUACCCUAAGCAGGGAAGGGCCCAUAGCUCAAGUACUUAUUUAGGUUCUGGGCUAAGUGCUUUGUGUUUUUAUCUCAUUAAUUUCUCACAAUAACCCUAGAAGGAAAAGAUUGUCUCCUUCUGUGUCACAGAUGAAGAAAGCAAGAUUCAGGGGUUAAAUAGGGUGUCUAAGAUCAAAAAGCAAAUUCUCUAUAAGAUGUUUGUCUACCUUAGCUGGAAGUAAGUAGAUUGCUUUAUUCUGAGGAUCUUCAUGCUGGUGAGCACACCACUCUUCAGAGCCACGCUUUCAUUUCCUUCUACCCCAAA